CUGAGGGAAACCAGAGAGAAUACAGCCAGUUUUAGAACGUAUUUAUUUAGCUUUUGUUGUGAUAUCUGUUUAAACUGUGUCAGGACAAUGUGGUACAGUAAAGACGUGGAGUUCAUGGACACAUCGGACACCCCGUGGUUUUGGUAUUUCCUGGCAGAUUGUGGAAGAUGGCACAAAUUUGAGGAUGACUCCGAUAACCCCCUCAGAAGUGAGGAUAUUGAAAACUAUUACCAAAGAAACCCAAAAGCGGUGGUUAAUACAUCUUCAUGCAACCGUCACAGCAGGAUCGAUUUCUCAGCAAUGUUACACACUAACCUCAGCACAGGAGGGCAAAGACGAAUCCUUCGGGGCAACGUGGAGAGAAGUUGCUCCUGCUUCAGUGCUGCUCCCGUCUUCUGGGAAAAGGUUGACCCCACUUGCCCAUAUCAGUUAAUCCCUCUGAGUGAACACACCCCAGAGUAUCAGACUGUGGCAAAUUAUGUGAAGACAGAUGGGUUGUUGGACAACCCCAUUGUAUCAAUCAGCAGGAUACAGAAUUUGGACCUGUGGGACAUCUUUUGUCGGAAAAAGAAGCAGAUAAUGAGGCUUCAAGGCGUCAAAGAUAUUCAAGAGAGAAGACUCUUUCAUGGGACCGAAAUCAGAAAUGUUGACAGCAUUUGCAAGUACAACUUUGAUAUACGACUAUCCCGAAGUGGCGUGUAUGGCAAAGGAAUAUAUUUUGCCAUACAUGCAGCAUUUGCAGACAGAUACAGCAUCAUCAGCACGGAUCCAUUGCCGCUGUAUGGCGGGGGAACACAAAGUGCACAGGGUAAAUACACCAAAAUAAUAUUUUUGGCACGGGUGAUUAUCGGGAAAUCAACUGCUGGACAGACAUUUUUUCGAAAACCUGACGAUGGAAGUUCUGAAAACACACACUACAGCUGUGUGGAUGAUAUUGAACAUCCCAAGAUUUUUGUUAUAUUUGAUCCGAAUCAAAUAUAUCCAGAGUAUGUGAUCCAGUACAGAUGAAGUCAAGAGAGGAUAUCAGUUCCUUGGUGAACAUUAUUUUUAGCAUUCUGUCCCUCUUUGAAGACAUUUUUAUUAUAUUCUUAACUUUGUUUUGUUUUUCCUUUUUAUUUAAGGAGCUAGAAUCUGAAAUUAUAUGAAGAAAAGCAAUUCUUAAAUACGUUCAGAUAUUCCGAAAAUAAGAUAAGCCCUACAAACAUUCCUAGUGAUCUUAUUUAGUACCGUUUUUAAAAUGCAUGAUUACAGGUUGACAGGUUGUUUUUUUUUUUUAAACUUCUGUUUACAGUAAGAUAACAUUUAUAACCCCAAUACACAGAUUUCUCUUUAAUCCAAAAACAGGAGCUUCAUAAAUAAAUCUACCAUCAGAACCAAA